AUGGACAAGGAACAAGACGAGAUUCAGUUUCUUGGGUUCUUGGACAUAUUCAAAGAAUCAUUGGGCGUGGUUUCAGCAAUGAAGAAGAUUUUCUUUCAGAUAACAGUGGUCAUGAUCAUCCCUCUCUCCUUCAUUUACCUAGCACAUAUUGAGAUCUCUGAUAUCAUCUUCACCGACAUCCUCCGUGAUGAAUAUAUUCUGGACAGGAUCCAAGAGGGCACCCAGACGUACGACAAGAUCUCUGAUGUCCUUACCUCUGAAUGGACCGCCUUCUGGUUCUUCAAGAUAGCCUACUUCAUCUUCUUCCUCGUCCUUGCCCUCCUCUCCACCUCCGCGGUUGUCUACACCAUUGCCUGCAUCUACACCUCCAAGGAAAUUUCCUUCAAGAAGAUCAUGUCUGUUGUCCCUAAGGUCUGGAAACGCCUCAUGGUAACUUUCCUCUGGAGUUUUCUCAUUCUUUUUGCUUACAACAUCCUCACUAUUACCAUUCUAAUUCUCUGGCUCAUAAUGAUGGGGCCUAGAGGAUUUGGAUUGUUUGGUGCUGUACUUCUAAUGCUAAUGUACAUGGCCGGGUUUGUGUAUAUCACGGUUAUAUAUCAUCUGGCCAGUGUGGUGUCUGUGCUUGAAGAUGUGCAUGGCCUGGACGCCAUCAUCAAGAGCAAGGGCCUCAUCAAGGGUAAACUGGGUAUAUCCGCCCUCAUUUUCCUGCUUUUGAACACGAUUUUCAUUGGAAUUCAGACAGGGUUUGAGUACUUUGUGGUGCUUGGCUAUGGAGGUGGAUUUACAGGGAGUGUAUGGUAUGCAAUUUUGUUUGUGUUGUUGUUGGCAAUUUUGAUGCUCUAUGGACUCACCAUCCAGACUAUCAUCUACCUCAUCUGCAAGUCAUAUCACCAUGAGAAUAUUGACAAGUCCUCAUUGGCAGAUCAUCUAGAAGAUUACGAUGGAGAAUAUGUUCCUUUGAAGUCUAAGGAUGUACAACUUGAGGCAUUUGAUGUUUAA